GCCCUCCCCGGCUUUGCGGAAAUACUGGUGGCAACACAAUGAAGGCGUCACAUGACGGGCCGGCCUGAGCCGGACGUGGUCGGGGUCCGGCCGAGCAGGGCAGAGGGUUCAGGGGCACCGGGCGGUCGGGAGCCAGCGGCGGGGAUCGGCUCGCGGCGCAACGGAAGCGCCCCAUGGAGCUGUUCGGGGGGCGUGGAGGGGGGGGCCACUCACUCCAAGGUCCUGCUGCUGAAUGAAAAAGGCAAGGUUGUAGCAGAAGCUGACGGACCUAACACCAAUCAGUGGCUGAUUGGGCUGGAUGCAUGUGCAGAAAGGAUCAAUGCCAUGGUGAAUGAGGCCAAGAAGAAAGCUGGGGUCAAGCUCAAUGAACCACUGCGCAGCCUGGGCCUGAGCCUGAGUGGGGCGGAACAGAGCACUGCAGUGUCUUCCUUGACCGAGCGGUUGCAAAGCCUCUAUCCUGACCUGAGUGACAGUUACUUCAUCUCUACGGAUGCAGCGGGGUCCAUUGCCACAGCCACAGCCAAAGGUGGAGUGGUGCUUAUUUCUGGGACAGGGUCCAACUGCAAACUGAUCAACCCAAAUGGCUCUGAGCAAGGAUGCGGUGGCUGGGGACACCUCAUGGGUGAUGAAGGCUCUGCCUACUGGAUUGCACAUUUAGCAGUGAAGACAGUUUUUGACACCAUGGACAACCUGGAGGUGUCUCCACAUAAGAUAGACUAUGUCAAAAAAGCCAUGUUUGACUACUUCCAGGUGUCUGACCGGAUGGGACUCCUCAACCACCUCUAUAGAAACUUUGAUAAAUCCAAGUUUGCCGGAUUUUGCCGGAAAAUUGCAGAAGGUGCUCAAAAGGGUGACCCCCUCUGCCACCACAUUUUCAGGAAGGCUGGAGAAGUAUUGGCCAGACAUAUACUGGCUGUGUUGCCCAAGAUACACCCGAAGCUUUUCCAGGGGCCAGUGGGCCUCCCCAUUGUGUGCGUGGGCUCUGUAUGGAAGAGCUGGGAGCUGCUGGAAGAAGGCUUUGUCUCCACUCUGGCCGAGGGAAAGAAGAUCCAGAGAGCCUUCUCCAGCUUCACCCUGCUCCAACUGAAGCAGUCCUCUGCCCUGGGGGGAGCCAGCCUGGGGGCUCAGUUUAUUGGGGAGGUGCUGCCCCUGGACUAUGACAACAACGCAGCUAUUUUUUUUAAACACACCUUCUCUAGGUAGGGCUGGCCUUCCCACCUCAAGGCCAGUCAGUGGACAUCAGAUGCUGAAAAACUGCAGCUAUCUUUAUUAUCAUUACCUUUAUUAAUCAAUAAAGAUAGCUAAAAUUUUUUAGUACUUUAUACAUCUGUUAUGUCCCAGCAGCCUGCAGAGGUAGGUCCAAAAACCAACUCACAUAGUUGGAGAGAUCCUCAGAAGAUGUGGAGUUCAGCCCGUCCAUAAAAGGUGUCCUUCCUACAGGGCACUCCGUAGGUGGCUGACCAGCUUCUGCUUGAACCUGCUACCUUUGGAGGCUCCCCAUCUCCUUUUCGGACAGCUCUAAUUGUUUAAUUUUUUUCCCCUGAUUUCAAACUUAAAUUGGCCUUUUUACAGCAUCUACCCGCUGCUGCUAAUCAUCCUCUGGGGCCAAACGAUAUCUCCGGUCUGACCUUCCCGUGAUCAUCCUUCACAUACUGGAAAACAGGCAUCAUCCCCGAGUCUUCUUCUCUCCGGCCAAACACUCCUGUGUAAUGGAUGCAGGGCCCUUUGCCAUCUCGGUGACUUUUCCGUAGACGCUGUCCUGCUUAUCAACGGUGUUACAGUGUGGUUGCCAGGACUGAACACAACACUCCAAAGGAGGUCUGGUUGGGGAGAGCGCAGGGGUACUGGCACCUCCCAAACGAUGCAGCCUGAUGUCCCCAUCAUGCUGCUGUCCACUCAGACUCCCAGAUUUUUUUCUUAACUGCUGUCAAACCAUGCUUCCCCAAUCUUAAACUGGAUGAAGCUGAUUUUUGCCCCGUGCGCAACGCUUUGCAUUCAUUCCUGUUAAGCUUCAUCUUAUUUGAUUUAACCCAAUUCUAGCCUUUUUAUAACCUGUCACCCAGUGGGUUAGCUAUCUACCAAUAGUGUUACCUGCAAAUGUGAGAAACAUACUAUCUGUGCCUUAAUCCAAGUCAUUAUAUUACUGAUGGGAAAACUGAGGCAGGGGUUGAGUGACAUGUAAAGGGUAAACUAGUGUGUGUCUCAAGCAGGAUUCUAAUUCAGGUGACUCCCAAGUCAAGCACUCUAUCUACAAUGCCACCUACCACCUGGUUCUGAAUCAGUCACAUAGGAAAGAAAAUAAAUUGUCUUUCCUUCUGUCUUUA